GAGGCUGGCAACCUGAGCUCCCAAUCGCCCUGCGACGUGAGAAGUGAAGGGCAGAGCCGGGCAAAAGAGCUCGACACUCGCACGUUGGUUCGACCUGGUUUCUGCAGUCCCCUUCCCGGCAGGAAAAUGGCAGCGGCGACCGUGGCGGCGGCGGCGUUAACGGCGCCAGGAGGAGGCGGCGGCUGCAGUCCGAGACUCGCCGCCUGGCUCAGCUCGUUGCUGCUGGCAGCGGCUCUCGGCAUGUGUGAGUGGGUUUCCCGUGUCGGGGUCGGCGCGCCUGAAAGGGAAGGAGGGGAGCCAAGGAGGGAGAAAGCAGGGCGGGAGAAAAGCCUUUCCUCUUCGCGGAGCCCCGCCGUCUCCGCCAGAACUCGGGCGGCGGGGGAAGCGGAGCGCGCGCGGGAGGCGAGUCGUCUGGGGCGUGAGAACGCGACGCUGCGGCGCUGUUUCCUCGGUGCUGUUGGGUGUUGGCGGGGGAUUCCAGGUCUCCCUGAGCCCCCCUCGCAGCCCCUCCCUGGUCUCUCUCCGGUAAAAGGAAGAAUGGGUGGGGGUGAGCUAAUGUACGUGUCAUGAUGGUGGCGGGUGUACGUGUGAAUCGCUUUGCAGAAGAGCCCAGGGCGGAACAGAGACCAAGGAAGAGCAGGUGACCCCUCUCUCUCCCUCUGCUACUCCGCCCUUUGGGUCUUUAGGUUGAGCUCUGCACAGAUAAUAAUAAGGGUAAGACAGCCAGGCAAGAGGGGAAACUGACUUUUCCUACCCUGCUGCAUGACAGUUAACCAACACAUCAACAAAGCCGAAAUAAAGACAGGGAGAUCUUCCAUGAUGUGUACUUAAUUAUCUGCUAACACACAGAGAGAAGAACAGAAUAAAUGCUGAACUGUGGUCUGUAUCCCUGCACUUGAUGGACUGUUGGGAGUGGGGUAGCUGGUGAAGGAAAAUUAAUACCCAAUAUCCCCACAUCACGGGAUCGCGGGUGGCGCUGUGGGUAAAACCUCAGCGCCUAGGACUUGCCGAUCGCAUGGUCGGCGGUUCGAUUCCCCACGGCGGGGUGAGCUCCCGUCGUUCGGUCCCAGCUCCUGCCCACCUAGCAGUUCGAAAGCACCCUUAAGUACAAGUAGAUAAAUAGGUACCGCUUUCUAGCGGGAAAGUAAACGGCGUUUCCGUAUGCUGCGCUGGUGCUGGCUCGCCAGCUGCAGCUUCGUCACGCUGGCCACGUGACCCGGAAGUGUCCUUGGACAGCGCUGGCCCCCGGCCUCUUAAGUGAGAUGGGCGCGCAACCCCAGAGUCGGACACCACUGGCCCAUACGGGCAGGGGUACCUUUACCUUUACCUUUAUCCCCACAUACCCUCCCUUCAUGUGCUUGGCCAUUGUGAAUGAAGUCCAAUGCCGUACUUAUUUCCCUGUUCUGCAAGUGUAUUUGCUCCCGAAGGCUUUUGGAAAGUUGGUAGCAUGAAGAAAAUGUCUACUUGCUUAAUGUCCCAUCUGCCUUUUCAUUUUAUAAGCCCAUGAGAUUUCUGUCAGAAAGUUUGAAGGAGACGUGUGAUUUGUUCAACUCAGCUUUCACUGCCGCCUUAAAGGUGCAACCCAAACUCCACUUACAUGGAAGUGCCCACUGAAUUCAAUAGGUCUUGGUUGUAAGUAGAGAAGAUUAGGAUUACAGUGUAAGGUGGUGAUUUGCUCAGUUAAAAACCCCUCUUCUGCAAGCUUGUUUGCUCACAAAGGCCUUUGGAAAGUUUGGAGGAGGUUGCGGUCUGUGCAUCUCCUCCAGUCCCACCCAGACACUUUCUGCAAGUUUGUUUGCCUACUGCGGGGAGGAAGUUGUGGUCAUAGGUCUCUAUCUUUGCUUUCUGCUUAUCGGGUUUUACAAAAUGUUUUUGUUACGUUUUGCUGACGGUUGUAAUACUGCACAUGCUCAGGGCAUUUUUUGUACUCCACAAAACCUUAUGCCAUAAAUAAAUUUGUUAGAAGAUAGUGAAGAAAUGAGACGAGAGCUGAUGAUGCAGGCGGGCUGUGCGGAAAGAGCUGCCUUUACAAGCCCCGCAAAGCCCUUUUAUCAGCAAUAUGCAAAACAUUCAGAGACAUAAGAAACUUCGUGCUUCAGUACUUUCCCAUCAUGAACUGUCUACGUGACCCAGGUGUUUCCUUGUUUAUUCAGACAAAGCCCCCCCAUUCCACCACAUCAUGUGAAAUGAAGGACAUGAGGCAGGAGUUGGUAAUGCAGGUGAGCUGUGCACAAGCAGUUAGCCAGCUAGCUCUGCGGAGGCUCUUUUUAUUAGCACAAUAUGCAAAACCAGUACCACUGUAUCUUGCUGCAAGAUUGUGUCAAGGCCUUUGCACAGCACAGCCUCUGACACCAACUGCUUCUUAGCCACGUCAGAUACAGUGGUACCUCUAGUUACGGACAUGAUCCAUUCCGGGGUGCCAUUCGCACCCGGAAAAGUCUAUAACUAGAGUGCUGCUUCUGCACACACGCAUGGCACAAUAGAACACUUCUGCGCACAUGCGCGCGGCGAAACCUGGAAGUAUACACAUCCGGGCUUGCUGCGUUCACAAGCCAAAAAGACAGAACAUGAACCUAAUGCAACAUAGGGUAUAACUGUACUUUCAUCACCUGUAGGAUUUUGGGGGUGGGGACUGGUCUCUGUUUGGAAAUACAGUGGUACCUUGGUUGUCGAACAUUACAGAAGCCGAAUGUUUUGGUUUCUGAACGUUGAAAACACAGAAGUGAAUGUUUCCGUUUUCGAACGUGCCUCGGAAGUGAAACGGCUUCCGAGGCGUGUUUCUCCGUUUUCUGAAUGGAAUUUGCCGACCACUCAUUGCACCUUGGUUGUUGAACGUUUUGGAAGUUUAAAGGUCUUCUGGAAUGGAUUAUGUUCAACAACCGAGAUACCACAGUACACCAAAUCAAGAAAUAAACUGAGAUGUGGAAGAGUAGAAGAUUGUUUCACUUUGAACAAACCUUCAGUUUUUAGAAGUCUGGAAAUGUUUCAUCGCUGAGCUGCAGGGGGCAGAGGAAUAAUAAUUCUCCAUAAGGUCUGGAAAUAUGCAUACUAGAAAUUGUGACAGCAAGGCCCCUUCUGAACCAAGGUAAGACACUUAGGGGCUAUGUAUUAAUAAGACUACAGUGUUUAAGUAUCCACUGUUUCUUUGCAAAGGAGGAGGAUAGGGAGAGAACCAGGACAGGUGGAAGCCACACAAACAUUUCUUCCAUCAGUCUCCUCCUCUGGCAGCAGAGAUUCCUUUGGUACCAAACUGAGACAUUUCCAGUUGGGACUAAAUAAAUAAAUAAAUAAUAAAAAGCAAAGCUUAAGUGUCAACAGUAUGUUUGCAUGGGAGUAGGAUAGGGAGAAAACUAAGACAACUUGGCCAUGACCUGUGGCCUCUUAGCACUACCAGACCAAGUGGGCAGCAGCUGCCAUUGGCUCUUCUAAAUAGAUUUACUUACUUACUUACUUACUUGUUCUCAUGUUGCCACCCUCCACAUCUUCUUUGGGUGGGGGAAAAUAGAGAAAGGCUUCAGAUGCUGAAUGGGAGGUGUGGGUUGGCUUGUGUGGGAAGAGGUGGUCCUUAAGGUAUUGGAGUCCUGAGUCACACAAGGCUUUAUAGCUGAAAACCUGUAAUAUAAUGGCAGGUUUCUAUAAAUGCAGGCUUCUAUAAAUCUUGAUUUUUGCAUCAUAGAAACGUGAGUGGGUUUUCUUAAGCACAUUUAAACAUUUAUCUCUGAGUGUCUUAGCACAGCAGCAGUGAGGUGGGAGACAUUGCUUGCACAAUGCUGUAAUGGUGAGUGUCCUGCCUAAGUGGUAUUCUGCUCUAUUCUACCGCAUGCUGGACGUGAAGGCAAUGCAGUGAAUGUGGAAGUGCCAAGGCAUUUCCCCAUUGCGAGAAUGUUCUAUUUCCUGUUUUGGUAUUGCGAUGUUUCCUCAAUCCCUGCUGGUUUGUUUGCUUGCUAAAGACACCUGGUGUGGGUUGAGCUUGGGAAAGGUCCCAAUUUUCAUUCUUGUUCCCAACAAACAGCUGAAUGGCUUUUCACAAGUUGUAAGUCUUGAGGUGUUUUUCUUUAAUUCACGGGGAGCCCUGACAAACUGUCCCAAGGAUUCCCUUUCUCUUUCCAUUCAGUAAACACAUUUACCUAUUUAAUUUUUCUAAUGCAUUUUUGUGUUAAAACAGAGUUGGACUGUCAGGAAUCUGGAAUCCUUAGCAUAGCCUAUGAAGGACAGCAUUGAUAGUGCAGCAUAUGAAAUAACCUUCUUUGCUUAUUGUUAUUACAUGGUGCAUCAUGUGUAUUCUGGUAUUGAACCUGCCAGGAUUUCGGUAGAUGUGGUAUGGAGUUGACCAGGUUUGUGUGAACUGGCUUUAGGGCUUGGAUGGUGUUUUGCCAAAGGCAAAAGGCUUCCUUUUAAAGGAUCCUUGAAGCAAAGACAGAGCACUAGUGGAGAAAGGCUGGAUUUUAUUGAGCAAAAUAGGACUUUACAAAGGUACAAAACCUUACCCAAGUUCAAAUAAUAAUUCCUCCUUUGCCAAUGGAUGGAUAGGCAAACAAUACACAAGAACUUUCUACGCAUUCUUCAGUCAUUGGAGGACGUUUUAACUUACCAGGUUUUACUAGAACGGUUACUUAGAUGAGCUGUUGUUAGUUGCCCUUGACCAACACUCAACAAUUGGGUAAAUAUUCAGUGAUCAAGUUCAGAGGGUAUGCAUUGCAUUCAGGAUGAAGUUUAUACGGUGACCGAUCUCACACAAAAGCAGAAAUAACGCGGGAUGUUUCCAGAGCAAAUGGACUACGUGCGACUCAACAGAUAUUUGAUGGGGCUUUUAUUCUGGGCUAUAAGAUUUCUAAUGUAGCUCUUCAUGAAGCUCUCUUGUGUAAUGCUAUCAUUUCAUUCUGCAUUGCUUACAAUGGGUCCUGCAUCCUGAUUUUUGUGGUGUUUUUGACAGCACAGGUUUCAGCUGUGGAAGUAUACACACCAGCAGAACUCUCUGUGGAGAAUGGGACAGAAACGAAGCUUCCGUGCAGCUUUUCAUCCUCAGAGGUGAUCACAAGUGCCGCUACUGUUACCUGGAGCUUUCAACCAGAGGGAUCAACUACUACUGUGGCGGUAAGAGAUGAUGAUUGAAGUAAGAUGAGAAUUGAACAAGAGCCUGCGACAAUGCUAUUUCAUACCUGUCUGCUCCUGCUCACUUUUAUCGCUGGUAAGAGUACAUAUUUAGGCCACCUUGGAAUGCCAGUUGAUCCUAUUAUGUUUGGUAUCAUGGAUAGUCGUCCUUCUGUGCUUGCUCCACAAUACUUCAGUGGCAAAAGUAUUAUUAAGGUGAGGGAUUGUUUUGAACUAGUGACACAUUUGUUAGCCACCUACCCACACUUCACCAUGGGUUCCUGUUUUGUUAGCAGGAUAUCUCAAGUUUAAAGGUGUAUGAGGUGAUGGCAAUAAUAGGUCCAAUAGUGAUCCUGUAACAGCAGCUGGGAAUUGGGGCAAGUGAGUCAGAAUACGGUCUCACCCUGAGCAAUUGUAGCUACUCCCAGACCUCCCUUUGUGGGGAAAACUAGGAUUUUAACACUGUAUCCUGUUUUGUGUUCCUGAUUACAGUUCUUCUAUUAUUCCCAUGGCAAAUCAUAUCCUGGGAAGGAUAUACAAUUUAAGGACAGAAGCAGCUGGGCGGGUGACCUUAACAAGAAAGAUGCAUCUAUCAGUAUAUCCAACAUGCAAUUCCGGGACAAUGGCACUUUCAUCUGCGAUGUCAAGAACCCUCCAGAUAUUGUUGUCACACCUAGUGAAAUCUCAGUCAGAGUUGUGGAAAAAGGUACCACCAUCUCUGGAUACAAGAGUGCUAGUAAUGAUGGUUGAUAGAAUGCAUUUGUGAAGUAUUUGAUUAAAUUACUCUACAAAAAUCCAUCACAUACAGGAGUAUUAUUUUGGCUGUUCUUGCAUAACUUGUAUUUUAUUCAGAGUGUUUCUGUGAAGAAAUUGAACUGUUUUAAAAGAACUAAAAAUCCUGUAUGUAGUUAGGUUUUGGAAUUAUGUCGUUAAUUUGCUUCUUAGAGCCAGCAUCAGCUGUCUGGUAAACAGUUUGAAAGGUGCUACAAAUUAAUAAGAAAAGUUUGGUUUAUAUUGUAGUCUAUUGAUAGGAUUAAGUCAGCUACUGUAUGCUUAUUUUACGGUUGAAGUUGUUUGUAGCUAGAGAUAGAAGAGAUAAUGUAGCCCAAGGGUAUAACUAAAGAGUGAUUUGAAAUUGACUUGAUCUGGGUGGAUUUCAAAAUGACAAAAAGUUCAAUAGGCCACUAAAAGAACUUUUAAACAAAUGGCAUUCACAGUUAGAGAAUAAAGUGUUCUUAGCAGUUCAAAGAGAUAGCAGUGGCUUGUUUCCACAGUUAGGCAUGAGUAUGUGUGUGUGUGUGUGUAUGUAUGUAUAUGUAUAUUUCUUAGAUGUGCCAAGUUUGCUUUUGUUCUUCUGUGAAUGCUGAGUCUUAGUAUAGUUGUAUGCUCCAAUAUUUUGAAGUGCAGGCUUGCCAAGAGGCAACAGUUACUAGUUUAUCAUUAUUGUGAUUAAGAGCUCAGGGCGGAACAGAGACCAAGGAAGAGCAGGUGACCUCAGGAGAGCCAGUGUGGUGUAGUGGUUAAGAGUGGUAGUCUCGUAAUCUGGGGAACUGGGUUCGCGUCUCCGCUCCUCCACAUGCAGCUGCUGGGUGACCUUGGGCCAGUCACACUUCUCUGAAGUCUCUCAGCCCCACUCACCUCACAGAGUGUUUGUUGUGGGGGAGGAAGGGAAAGGAGAAUGUUAGCCGCUUUGAGACUCCUUAAAGGGAGUGAAAAGCGGGAUAUCAAAUCCAAACUCCUCCUCUUCUUCUUCUUCUUCUUCUUCUUCUUCUUCUUCUUCUUCUCUCUCUCUCUCUCUCUCUCUCCUUCUGCUACUCCGCUCUUUGGGUCUUUAGGUUGAGCUCUGCACAGAUAAUAAUAAGGGUAAGUGCUAAGCCAGGCAAGAGGGGAGAUUGCUGCGUCCUUGAAUCACUCUCUUUCCUCUCUGCUGCUGCCGGAUAAAGCACCCAAGACCUUGUAUGUCUGAAAUUGGUGUUGCCAUAGUUUGGCCUUGGGUUUCCUGCCUUCAUUUGUAGUGCUGUUUGCUUAAGCAGACUGAUUGAUAGUUUACUUUCUGGUUGGGUAGUUGUUAGUAAUUAUAGUUUGAGGCUGAGAAAGUAGCAUUUUUUUUAAGGGUAAUGUUUGUUUCUAAAGUAUGUUAAUCUAGGAAAAGCUUUUCCCCAGACCUGUUGAGGUUUUUAGCUCCACUGAAAUAACUGUUUGCUCCCUGUUUACCCCACCUUAAUUGUUAGGGGAAGCCACUGCUGAUUGGUGACAAUUUACCCAUAAGCAAGAAAGUCAGUGAACUUUGUUUAUGUGGAGCUGUUGGAAAUCACUCUCAUGACCUAAAGUGCUCUGUGUUUCCAUUUGCCAUAUCAGGCUAGUCUAUUUCGGUAUCUUCCAAAAUUUUGCAAUGCUAGCUCAGCAGAGCAAUAGGUAGUAUUUACCACCAUCCACCACCAUCCAUCUUCUAACUUGUUAUCAUGCCAUCUUGUUGAUGACAUUGUUAGGAGCACAUAGGCCUGGGAUAGGGAAUUUGUGACUCUCUAGAUGUUGGUCUCCCAUCAGCUUUAAUAAACAUAGCCAAUGGUUAGGGAUGAUGUAAGUUGUAGUCCAACAGCUGAAGAGGUCCGACACAUGAUUCUUUGUAUACUGCUGACCGUAUUGUAUUGUUGAGCUCAUAUUAGCAUUGGUACAUCCAGAAGGGAAGGAUCUUUGCCUAAACUAAUGAGAUUGGUUUUUAUUGAGAGUCUUCCUUUGGUAAUGAAUUUUCACAAUUGGUUAUUUUUAAUUAUUAGUAUAUUUGAAAUAAGAUUUUUGAUCAAAAAGUUUUAUAAUCUAUUUGGAAGACUCAACACCAUACAUCAGUUGUGACUAUGGAAUGCUUGUAAGGUUUUUCCUGUUGCAUUACAUUAGCAUCCCAUUAAGUAGAAUUAAUUUCUCUGUUACAUAAAAUUAUUCUGUAUUUGAUUAUGCAUUUUAAUAAGGAAUAAUUUUUCUUUGACUCAGAAGGGUGUAAACAUGUUAGGUUAGGGUAAUCUGCUCUUGACUCACUUCCAUCCAUACUAGGUCCGCCUCUGGCAGAAAAAUGCAGAUCUUGACAAGAAUCACUAACUAAUUACAAAAUACAAUUCGUUGCAGUGAAACUGUUUUUUUCUUAGUUAAGCAGAAUUUAUAUAAAAUCUGGGUUCCUUUGGAGGACAGUGUUGGGGUAUAAAGCUAAUAAAUAAAAUAAUUUUUCUACUGUUAUUUUCCUCAAAAAAAAACACAAAAAAAACUUCAGACUGCUACUAUAUUAUGCCAAGGGACAGACAAUAAAGGAAAGGUAAUUUUUAAAAGGUGUGUACAAAAAUAUCCUUAUUUUGUAAGUCAUGCUAAUUUCAGUAGUCUGCAAAAUAGGUUAAUUUACUAGGAAACUUUUUCAUUUGCUGCUGCCUUUCUUCACUUAGAAUUUUGGUAAAGUCAGAUCAAAAUUUUCAGACUUAACCUCCCUAAGAGAAAAAGAACUUUAAUUGUUUGAAUGUAUACUUGUUCAGUGGGACGCGGGUGGUGCUGUGGGUUAAACCACAGAGCCUAUGACUUGCUGAUCAGAAGGUCGGCGGUUCGGGACUUCCGGGUUAGCGCCUCCGGCAAUGGCGGAUUUCCUCUGAUUGGGAGGAAUCCGCUCUGUGGAAACUAGGGUCUGGACCGCCACGGCGAGGCGGAGACCCAUUAAAAACCACAGGCGGGAGAAGCCUGUGGACGUGGGAUUCGGCUGGCACCUUUCGCGCCUCCCCUACUCGCGGGGAAACCCGGUUUCGGGGAUCCGGAGCGACGUGGGGUGAGUGGCGCGGUGCUUCGAAUCGACUGCUUUUUUCACGGAGUGAAGCCGCAUUGCUGUUGCCGGAGAGCGCUGACUUUUUCCUGUGGACAAUUGGACUUUAAACAACUACCCGUGAGUAGAACGGAAAAUUGGAUCUCUAAACAUCUUAAUUUGGCAUCGAAACGGGAAGGUUUCAAACAGGAAGUCCGCCUUCCUCUUUUGUAAAUAGAUCAAAGCAAAGACGUUGCAAGCUAAAGUCUGGAAAGUCUUUUGUAAAGGAUUAAAUCUCCAUCGGCUAAAAUUACUAAACCCCCCUUGGAAGCAGGAGAAGAGGGGGAAAAUUCUAGAUCGUUUAAGCCUGCAGGAGAGAGAGUGAAGAAAGUUAAAUCACCACCGUUUCGAACCUGGGAACGGACUGCCAGUAAGAUUGACGUUUUGGGAAAGUUCAUUGACUGUGAAUAAAACGUAUGUUGACAGAUAGUUAAAUAAGAGAAAUAUAUUGUUUCCAUUGUUUCCUUUUUUUUUAUAAGAUGUUUAUUGAAAUUUUCAAAAUAUUACAAAAGAAAAAUAGAAAAAAAAGAAAAAUACAAAAUAAAAAUAGUUAAAAACAACUCAAUCUUUCCAUUACUUAUUUUUCAUUAGCUUGUUUCCCGGACCUCCUCACACCUCCCUUUUUUGUAUUCCAGUUCAGUUUGUUGGUUCAGCAAAUCCUUCCCCUCUUUGUUUAUCCUAGUCUUUAAUCUAAAAUAUUGUAACGUUAAAUUUUUACCUGUUGGUAAUCCAUUUUUCAUAUUCCCUUAUAGUAUUACAGCUAGAAACCACCUACUUUCUAUCCAACAUCAUUCUAACAUUCAUUAAUUUUACAAUAUUUCUGUAAAUAGUCUUUAAAUUUCUUCCAAUCCUCUUCCACCGACUCAUUGUUUCCUUUUGCACUUAAAAGGAGCAAAAAAAGUAACUGAAAAUCGAAACUAAUUCUGUCACUGGAUCUGCGUUUGAUGGAUACAAAUAGAAAUUGUUUCCCCUAGAGGGAGCGUUUGAAACUGUUGCAGGAGUGGAGCUGGGGAAUUUUCCAGCUGCAGAGAUUAAAGAGCGUGAGAAUCAGAGUCUGACCUUGGACAAGAAUGUUGACAGAAGAAGCCUUAGUGAUUGCAUUUUGCAAGACAAGUGCUUUAUUGGAACAGCUUCAUGAGAAGACGGAUGUGUGGAUUAAUAAAAUUGACAAUUUGGGACAAAAAAUGACUGAGUUGGGACAAAAAGGGAAUAUCUAUACAGAAAUUACUCAGGAAUUGACCCAGGAAUUUGUUUUGACAUGGCAAGCUGUGGAGAAGACGAAGGAGAAAGUUUUUGUUGAACCUCAAGUAAUUCAAGUGGAGAGAGCCCCGACCUCACAGAAGCAAUUUGAUGAUCAUAAGCCGUUGCCCUUUAUGAUCGAAUCUAGAGAAAGCCAGAUUUGGUGGGAUGGAGCCCUGCUUGGAUUGGAGAAGGAAAGUUGGAUAGAUCCUCCAAUGCAGGGAUGCUCUGGCCUUUGGGAUCUGGAUUUGGGUCAGGGAGAGAGUGGCGCUCUGAAAUAUCUUUUGGACUUUAGUUUUGACUAUGGAGAAUGGGCUGACCCGUCGAGAAGGAAUAAAGACAUUGCUAGGUUGGAGUUUCCCCAAGAUCUACUCCUCAGUGCUAAAGAAAGGAAAUUAAGAACAAGAUCAGCAGAAGAUAAAGUAAAGUGCAUGUAUAAAUAUGAAGAAGAUUUGCAGAAGGGACAUGGAAGAGAGUUAAGAGCCUCGGACAGAAGGUCACCUGGUUGAUGGACUAUAUGGUAUUGAUAGAAAGGACUGACAGAAUCCGAGACCAGGGAGAAGAGACGGUGGAAGAAGAUUGGAAAAAAAGUUUUUUAAAAAAUUAUUUAGAGAAAUGUUGCAAAAUUAAUGAGUGUUAGAAAAAUGUUGGAAUGAAAUUAUAUGGCUUUAGUAGAAAUGUUAUAAGGAGUUAAGUAUAAAUAAGUUUUAGGGUUUUAAUGGUAAAAUAAGGUUAAAACAAAUUAAGAUAAUUAAAUGACAGAAAACAGUGAAAGAUGGAAAGGAUUUGCUGAAAUAAUUAAUAACUAGAACACAAAAAGGGAGGUGUGAGGAGGUCGAUGAAACAAGUUAAUGAAAGAUAAAGAUAUGGAAAUAUUGGAUGUGCUUUUAACUGUUUUUGCUUUUGUUUUUGUUUUGAUGUAUUGUGUCGUUUGCUUUUUUAUAUGUAUUGUAAUGUAUUGAUUUGUAUUGUUUAUUUUUCCUCUUUUUCUCUCUUUUUUGUACUUUUUUCUUUAAUUCUUAAACUUUUAAUAAAUAUUAUUAAAAAAUAAAAAAAAAGAAGGUCGGCGGUUCGAAUCCCCGCGACGGGGUGAGCUCCCGUUGCUCGGUCCCUGCUCUUGCCAACCUAGCAGUUCGAAAGUACGUCAAAGUGCAAGUAGAUAAAUAGGUACCAGUCCAGCAGGAAGGUAAACAGCGUUUCUGUGCGCUGCUCUGGUUCGCCAGAAGCAGCUCAGUCAUGCUGGCCACAUGACCCAGAAGCUGUACACCGGCUCCCUCGGCCAAUAAAGCGAGAUGAGCGCCACAACCCCAGAGACGGUCACGACUGGACCUAAUGGUCAGGGGUCUCUUUACCUUUAUACUUGUUCAAGUGUUCGUGUGGCUCCUUGUUGUGGUGGAUAGGUUGGCAUCCAUCUGUCUCGGGAGUGAAGUCAAACUGUUGGCGAUAAACCAUCAUUAAAUUAGAAGAUGAGUUGCAAGCUCACUGGGGUAUUGACCUCAUGAUUUCCUGGAAUGUACCGUAAUUUUAUUGUUAAGGACUCCAGCCCAGUUUUUAUUUUUAAAACUUUGGUCACGAUUUGGCAGGUCAGAUACUCGAAAUUGACCACAUAUUUUUAGAGAGCUAUCACUGCAAUGAUUACAAUGUCACAUUAAGAGAUCAGCAUUUAAAGCCUGAUCAGUCAUGAAGUUUAAUGAAGGAACUUGAUUAGACACCAUCUUUCAGCCUUUCUUAUCUUACAGGUUGGUGGUCAGGAUAAAAUUAUGUGGGCAGAUGAACCUUUUAUGAUGCUCUUUGGGGAGGAAGAGAGCAAUAAUUUAUUUAUUUUUAAAAAAUAAAUUAGUCUGCACUGUGUUCAGGAGGAACACAAAAGUAGAAAUAAUAUUGGAUGUCUCUGAAGGAUCAGGUCCACAAUUUAGGCAUGCUUCUGGAUCCAGCUCUGUCCCUGGAGGCUCAGCUAGUCUCAGUGGCUAGAAAAGCUUUUCACCAGCUGUUCAACAGCUAUGACCAUUCCUUAACUAGGAAAGCCUUGCCACAGUAGUUCAUGUGUUGGUUAUUUCAAGACUCGGUUACUGCAAUGCACUGUAUGUGGGGAUUUCUUUUUGCUUGAUCUGGAGUUUGCAGGAUGCUGCAGCACAAUUGCUGACAGGAGUGAGACCUUGUCAGCAUGUAACACCUGUACUCAAGAGAUCUGCACGGGCUGCGUGAUUUGCUACCAAGCCAGGUUCAAGGUGUUUAUAUACUAUUGGUAGUAUGUAAAGCCCAUAACAACUUGGGACCAGUUUACUUACGAGAUCGCUUUACCCUAGAUGUGCCCUCUCAAUCGCUUCAGUCAGUGGUUUGGGCACUACUACAUGUGCUACAGUAUCCCCAUUUGUAAGAACCUGAUCCUUUAGUGUGGCUGCACUUAUACUGUGGAACUUUCUGCCUGUUGAGAUCAAGCAGGUGCCUUCACUGUACUUCUUUUGGCACCUGCUAAAAACAUUUCUGUUCAGGCAAGCAUACCCAGAAGCUUAGAAAGUUGUUGCGAAUGUUCAUCUGCAUUAAUAUUUUAACUUGUGUACGUUUUAAAGUAUGGCUAAACAGGUAUUUCUGUUUAUCUUUUUGUAAACCGCUUUAAGGUUUUCUUUUGCAAUCAAGCCGUAUAUAAAUUUAAUGAAAUAAACAAAUAAAAUAAACAUUUGAAGAUAGAGUUUGCAGAUAGAAGACAUGCUGUAGCCCAAAGGUAUAGCUAAAAGAGUCAUUUGAAAGAGAUAUUAGAUCAUGGUGGGUCUCAGAAUGACAAAAGUUCCUAUGUAAGCCGUUAGCAGGUUGAUUUAGUUUAGGGAUAGUGGGAUGCCUUCAGCCUCUUUUAUUUUGCAGUACUCUAGUUGCUCCUUUGGGGAUUGCUUUGCAUGCACGUAAUCCAUACGUAAGUUAAAAUCUUUCUUCAAAGAGCAACCUUUGUUAGCCUUUUAGUAAACGUUUCAUGUUGGUUCAUAAAAUGUUGUGGUCUCUCCUUGUCUGUCUUCUGCAUUAGUAGUUCCGAGGCUGCAGCAUGCUGAGGGGCAAGUUGAGCAACUGGCACGGCGAUUGCAGGCACUGGAGCUCUCAGCAGGUGCAGCACAGCGCAUGAUGGAGGAACGAGUGACCAACCUCACCCACAGAAUCGAAGCACUGGAGCAGGUCAUGCAACAUCGCCCCAUGCAGCCGUGACACUGAUUCUUUUGUUUUGAGCCUUCCUUGGUUUUUGUAAUGCUCCUCUACCUUCCUGCCUUGCAAGUUCACCUGCUGUUUUUUAUAUUUUUGUGGUUUAUUUUUUUUAUACUCCUGCUUGUGGUGGUCGGGUAGGAUUGCUAUGAGGAAUUAUGAAAAAUGAAUCAAGCCAUUGUGUCAGUGGUGAAAGCAUCGUUUUGACUGGGUUUGGGUCAUUUGACAUGAUUUCUGAUCAAUCCAAGCCUCUGCAUCUCUGCCCCAUUUCUGUUGCCUGAAAGUCACGUAAACAGACCGGUUGCUUCACCAGGCAUCCUGAGCCAUAAAGAUAAGGAGGUAGCUUUGUUGUAGCUUAUGUUUGUUUUUGUUAAUCUUAGGGCCAGGAAACAGAGUUUCACAUGGAGGUGAUAAAAAUGCCUAUCUUUCCUGUUUACUUCCUGUUUAUCAGGUUUGCUAAAUACAUUCCUCCUUGAUUCCUGUUUUAUUUAGCCUAAACAUGUAUGCAUGCUCAAAUUAGUUAUUUGUAGUUAAGAGGCUUCCUCUGAUCUAACUUUGUUCCAACGUGGGAAUUUUUUUGAAAUGCUCAGAGGAAAUCUGAUUGGUUCUUACAAAUGCUGUGUAAAAGUUCUUUCGUUAAUAAAACGGCCUAGACAAGGGAGUGGCUAUUGCACUUCCUCCCAGAGUCUUGCUGGUCAAGCCUUGCAUCCAAUCCUUCCUUUGCCUUCAGAAUGCAACACGGCUUAGUGGUUUGCACGAAUGGUGGCAGCAGGCCUGAUGCCCGCCCCCCCACAUCCUUAAUACAUUCCACCAUGCUUGCUGUUGUUUUUCACCUGAUGCCUUUUGAAUUAAUUUCCUUCUUUUUUAAGAUUGUAUUUUAAUGCUGUGUAAAGCCAUACUGUGGUGCGAAGCUUGAAUCCAUGGGUUUCUCUGUCAUGCUUUUAUCUUUGCUGUGUAUCCACUGUAAGCAUUUUGUUCAGAGGGAGUAUUAUUUGAAUGUCAAUUAGUAUAGUAUCAUGUCGCUAUGUUAGUAUUACUUUAAGAAAGUGCCUUUUUGUCAAUGUUCCAAUGAAAAAACCAACUGUUGGCUUUUUGAGCAUCUGCGAAAAUAAACACAAGAAUUUCUUUAUA